AUGAGGGACGAGCUGAGAAGUGAAAGAACUUUCGGUGUUGACAGCAAAUUACAAAGUCAAGAAGAAAGACAAGUAGAAAGUCGAGAAGAAAGUCAAGAGGAAAGACAAGUGGAUCAAGAAGAAAGUCAAAAAGGCAGAAGGAAGUCGAGAAGAAAGUCAAGUAAAAAGGCGGGAAGGAAGUUAAGUAGAAAGUUAAGAAGAAAGUCACGUGGAUCAAUAAGAAAGUCAAAUAGAAGGUUAAGAAGGAAAACAAGUGUAUCUAGAAGAAAAUCGAGUAGAAAGUCGAGGAGAAAGUCAAGUAGAAAGUCGAGAAGAAAGUCAAGUGGAUCAAGAAGAAAGACAAGUGUAUCAAGAAGAAAGUCGAGUGAAAGUCGAGAAGAAUUUCAAGAAGAAAGUCAAGUAGAAAGUCGAGAAGAAAGUAAAGAAGAUAGUCAAGUAGAAAGUAGAGAAGAAAGACAUGUGGAUCAAGAAGAAAGUCGAAAAGAAAGUCAAGAAAAAAGUCAAGUGGAUCAAGAAGAAAGUCGAAAAGAAAGUCAAGAAAAAAGUCAAGUGGAUCAAGAAGAAAGUUAA